GCUGACCACACGUAGGGGAGAGAGAAGGGGCUGAGCGCAAACGGUUGUCGGGCUUCCAUCGCGUUCCUGCUCGAGCGCGGAAAGAUGUUCGUCAGAGAAACGGACGCGUUACGCACGCACGUAAAAGGGCCCGGGAUACGGGCUCAUCUUGGGAUGGGAAUCCCGACAGCACCAUGGGGCCGGAUGGCCGGCCUCGCGCGUCCGGACGCUUGCUGAACCACUCGGUCCCUCGGUCGUCCUAUCAACGGGCAUACGACGACAAACCAUCUCGGUCGUUUCCCAAGUCGGGGAGCCCCGCGGCAUCUCCUGCGCCGUUGCCUCUCCGUGCUCUCGCCGGACUCCGUGCCACUGUUUCUCUUCCGUGCUCUAUUUUCUCUCGCUCUCGCGUCAUGUCUGUUCUCAACGCUACACCAACAUUCACCGUGCUCUCCGUCCACCACUCUUUCUCUCGUAUUUUCUCUUGUGGCCAGGCUGUUCUACUCCGCGCUCCGAGUUUUCAUAGGCCUUUCCAUUAUACCCCAGCAUACCCCCUCUUCCCCUCCGUGCUCCGUCGAGUCCGUCCGUCCCGUUCAACGCCUCCCUCCGUGCCCCCCUUCCGUGCUCCUCACGCCAUCACGUCCUGCUCGGUCCCUUGGGUGCCCAGGAACUAGGCUUUUUCCGUAUAGAGGGGAACGACUAAUCGCGAACCGAGGAUCACAACCUAUGGUACGUACGGUAGGAGAGGCUCCAAAGAUAGAAUAGACCUUGAAGCUCGACUGGCGUGCCCUCCGUCUAGGAGGUGUUAUCGCGGAAAGCUACAAGGAAUUCUCUACCAUCCCAGACCCCUUGCUGAGCAUUCCGGGCUCUACGAAACCUCC